GAGCCUGCUCCAAAGGUGAUGCAGGCUCUUCAGGAAGCCUGUUCCGCUUUCUUCUCCCCUCUGCGUGUGGUUGUGGCUCGCAGCCGCCCGGAAUCGAAGGCGCGCGGUGGGCGAGGCAUGCCACUGCCGGAGCUGAGAUUUAGCUCUGGGACGCCUCGUGAGCAGCUGGUCAGCGAAGACAUUUUGGAUUGGCUGGCUGGAGGCUUGCGGUCGGACUCGGUCCUUACCGCCGCCUUUACCCUGUCGCCGGUGAUCAACUGCGGGAAACCCACAGUCGGCGCCACCGAUUGGUCCCGGCGUGUCGGUGUCUUCAGCUUGUCCUCGAUACUUAACAGCGAG